AUGACAUCUACAAGUAGGUUGGAUAACAAUGAAGGUUGGUUCGAUCCGUUACCUUUGGAUGAAUACCUUGCAAUCAACAAAUAUUCUCGGGAAAAUGUACCAACAACCAGACCAAUCAGCGAAACAGACAAACUAGGAGAUUACGAUAUUAGAUGCGGACCCAUCUUAAGACUUGCGGGUACUUUGGAAAAUGGAACGCGCAAUUAUAGAGCUACAAUUAUGUUGGUAGUAGAUAAUUGCAGUAAGCCGCCACCAACAAUUUUGUUCAAAAUAGGACCCUCUGCCCAAUUGAAAACAAAAACAGAAGGAGAAAGAGAAACAGAUGCAAACUUAAACUCAAACUCGCCACCCGAGUUCAAAACUGGCGAGUUCCCCGUAACUAAAUACUAUGAAGAGCAAGAUGCUUCAUUUUUCAGAUACAAUGUCGAUUUAACCAUGGUUGAAUAUGAACAAAAAGUUGAAUACUACAUUGACGGUUUCUUCAAGAAAUCGUUUCAGUUCUUCAUACCAAGUUAUGAAGAAAGUAUGAACACCAUUUCGUACUCAUGUAAUGGAUUUUCUUUAGCAUGCGACGCGAAAAAGUACAAGUCCUCAUUGUGGUUAGAUGUACUAGCAAAGCACUCAAAACAACAUUAUCAUGUAAUGUUAGGAGGCGGCGAUCAAAUAUAUUGCGAUGCUAUAAAGUUGCAUUCAAAAAAAUUACAAAAAUGGAUGCAAUUAAAGAACCCUUUGAGGAAGCGGUCUAUGCCGGCAGAUGCUAAAGUUGUUCGUGAGUUUGAAAAUUUUUACUUACACCACUAUAUGGACUGGUAUGGUAAGGGGUUCUGGAAAGGUAAGAAUUCGCUGGUAUGGGAAUCAUUGUUUCCCUUGGCAAUGGCACAGAUUCCUCUGGUUAAUAUUUACGAUGACCAUGAUAUAAUUGACGGAUUUGGCUCGUAUCACGAUUCUACUAUGAAUGCGCCAAUUUUCACAAAGGUUGGAAAUAUUGCUUACAAGUACUAUAUGUUAUUUCAACAUCAAACGAAUCCGGAGGAAAAACUACACCUCGAAGACCCUUCAUGGAUUUUGAGUAGAAAAGAAGGAUCGUUUAUCAAACAAAAGAAUCAUUCAGUUUAUAUGAGAUUGGGUAAGGAGAUUAGUUUGUUGGGCUUGGACUGUAGGACAGAAAGAAAAUUGAAACAAAUAAAUGAUCCAGAAACUUACCAAAUCAUUUUCGAGAGAUUAAACAAAGAAUUGAAGGAUAAUCUGGAGACUAAGCACUUAUUGGUGAUGUUGGGUGUUCCCAUACUUUACCCAAGACUUGUUUGGUUGGAAUGGUUAUUGACAUCUCAUGCAUUUGCGCCAUUGCGUAUGCUUGCCAAUAAAGGAUUUUUAAGCAGAGGUUUGGUUAAUGAGUUUGAUGGGGACAUUGAAGUUUUGGACGACUUAAACGAUCACUGGUGCGCCAAGCAUCAUAAGAAGGAACGUAAUAAAUUGAUAAAGGAUUUGACCAAUUUUGGGGCAUCAAAGGGGAUAAGAAUCACGAUUUUAUCGGGUGAUGUGCAUCUUUGCUGCAUUGGUAGAUUGAAAACAAAAUAUCAUCACCACCCUCACGCCCAUUUAUUAAGCGACACAAGAGAAAUCGAGAAGGGCAACAGGGAUAUUAAAGAAAGCCCAGAAUACGAUCCAAGAUUAAUUUUCAAUGUUGUAUCAUCGGCUAUCGUUAAUGCUCCGCCACCUGACGCAAUGGCCACUUUAUUGAAAAAGAGAAGUCACAUUCACCAUUUCAACAGGGACACUGAUGAAGACAUGUUGCGUAUUUUUUUCCAGGAUGUUGAUGGAAGCCCCAGAGAUAAUCGAGAAUUUCUUAAUAAGAGAAAUUGGUCUGAUUUGAUUCUUGCAAAGCAGUCAAAAUUGUACAAAAGCUUGUUGGUGGAGGGAGACAAUUUAGACACUGCUUUGCGUAAAUUUCCUCAACCCGUAUUUGAAGGUAAAGAAGAUGAGGAUUUAGCAAAAGGUGAAAAGGCGAAUGAACGCGAAAUCAAGUAUCCCUUGUUGAGUGAUUCUUUGGUGGCUAGUUUACACGUUGAACAGGAUAAGGAUGACUUGGUAAGUAAAUCCGUUGCAUAUGAAGUAUUUAUUCCUAGGUUAAUGGGUACUUAUAAGCUAGAAAAUGCACCAGUCAAACACGUUGAUGUUUGA